AUGACGUCUGUCGUUGACCGAGACCAGGCCGUUGCCGGUGCUGACCGAGCAAGGGCACAGUCUAUGGCCGAGGCAGAAGCGUCCAUGACGGCGACCUCGACUGAAGAGAUUAACAAUACCAUCUUCAGGCCGGGUAGUGUCAAGAUCAAUGUCAAAGGCGCCUUUAUCGUCGACCCUGAUACCUCUACACCGGCACCUGGUAGCACGAACAACUCGCAGGGCAAUGGGCGCGGCAGUCCUACACAUCACGAGACUAGCGAUAUCCGAUUACCAAACCACACCGCAGUAGUCAGCCACAUUGCAGUUGAUAUUGGCGGAUCGCUCAUCAAGCUGGUGUACUUCUCCCGUGAGGUGCAUUCUACCGACUCCGGUGGCCGACUCAACUUUCAAAUAUUCGAGACGGACCGAAUCGAUGAUUGCGUAGAGUUUAUGAAACAUCUGCGCGACAAGCAAUUGGCGCUCAAUGGCUCCAAGCCAGGUGAGCUCUGCGUGAUGGCCACGGGUGGCGGCGCAUACAAAUUUUAUGACGAGAUUCGAGAUGCGCUUGGCGUUGAUGUGCUCAGAGAAGACGAAAUGGAAUGUCUGAUUAUUGGUCUCGACUUUUUCAUUACCGAGAUCCCGCGCGAGGUUUUUACAUACUCUGAGACUGAUCCUAUGCACUUUGUGAGCCCGAGAGAAAACAUCUACCCGUAUCUUUUGGUGAAUAUUGGUUCUGGCGUCUCCAUCCUCAAGGUUGAUGGACCUCGGUCUUACCAACGUGUUGGCGGCACAUCACUUGGAGGCGGUACCUUGUGGGGGUUGCUGUCUUUGUUGACCGGCGCAUCCAACUUUGACGAAAUGUUGGAGCAGGCGGGCCACGGGGACAACGCCAACGUAGACAUGCUUGUUGGGGACAUCUACGGCACGGACUAUGGCAAAAUCGGUCUCAAGAGCACCACGAUUGCCUCGUCCUUUGGCAAAGUAUUCCGCAAGAAGAGUCUAGCUGAAGCAGCGGCAGCAGCGCAAAAAGACCAACCGAACCACGAGGCCGGCCCUCUUCAGUUGGGAUUUACGGAGAGCGACAUUUCGAGAUCGCUAUUGUACGCCGUCUCCAACAACAUUGGACAGAUUGCGUACCUGCAAUCGCAAAUACACAACGUAUCCGACAUUUAUUUUGGCGGCUCAUUCAUCCGCGGCCACCGACAAACAAUGAACACUCUGAGCUAUGGUCUGAAGUUUUGGAGCAAGGGCGAGAAGCAGGCGUAUUUCUUGCGGCACGAGGGCUAUCUCGGCGCCGUUGGGGCAUUUUUGAAACGACAGCCCAAGAACUGGGGUCGUCGGAACAGUCUCGAGGGUAUGGAGGAGAUGCUCGAGCUCAGGAGGAGCAGCAAGGCGAAGGAGAGCUUGGCAUCGUGA